AAACAAAAUUUAUAAUAACCAUCAAAUAUUUAAAUACCUUAUAAAUAGCUAUACCUCAGCCAAGGGUGCAUUAGAAUAUGACUUUUUAGAAAUAUUUAUUUUAUUUAUUUGAAAGGCACAGUUAAAGAAAGGCAGAGGCAGAAAGAGAGAGAGGUCUUCCAUCCACUGCUUCACUCCUCAAAUGCUGCAAUGGCUGGAGCUGGGUGGAUCCAAAGCCAAGAGCCUGGAGCUUCUUCUGGGUCUCUUGCAUGGAUUCAGGGACCCAAAGACUUAGGCCAUCUUCUGCUGCUUCCCCAGGCACAUUAGCAGGGAGCUGGAUCGGAAAUGGAACAGUCGGGACUUGAACCGGUGCCUGUUUGGGAUGCUGGCAUUGCAGGUGGCGGCUUUACCAGCUACGCCACAGUGCCAGCCCCUAGAAUGUGAUUUUUAAAAACUAAUUUCACCUGCCUUUUAGCCAACAGUGUGUUCCUCUAUAUUGUGAUGUGGGUUUCUUUUCAUAAAGCCCCAUUCAUCUGGCUGAACUCUGAAAAAAAGUUAGAAGGCCAUCUACCUGUGAGAGUUCUUUGUCUUUAAUGCCCACGGAGAUGCCCAUCCAUUCUGCUUAACCAUCAGGGAUCAAGGAACUCUCCCAGGGCCCUCAGUGCCCUUCAGGAGAAUGCUCUGCGUUGUAGCUGAUCCUACAGCACAGCUAACUACGCAGCCAUCUGAGCUAGUAAGCUGCAGGCCAUCUGGCUUCUGUCUGUCUCUAGUCAAAGAGAAUGGCGCUGCUGGGCUCAGACCAGCUAGUAGGGAUCCAAGGUCUCAGAUUAGGCCAUGCUGGAAGGAGACCCUGGGGACCUGGGGCCUGGGGCCUGGGGCCUGGGGAAGGGAGCUCUGUUCAUUUAGGGUAUUGCUUUACCAUCUUCCUGACCAUUGAUGAGUAGGUGCUGCAAAGUAGAUCUGGAAUCUUGCCAAAAUGCAUUUUCUGUUUUUAGCACUGGACACACAGGGACUUUUUCUCUGUUAAUUUUCUUAAAUCCCCCCUGAAUCGUUCGAUUGCUAAAUGCCACCUCUUUAGCUAGGCCUGCCUUUCCCAGCCUUUCACAUCAUGUAUUUGUUUACUUGUUCAUUAUCUGCCUCACCCUCCAGAAGCCCAUGUCUAAUAAGUAGCCAUGGGCCACAUGGGGCUGUGGAGCCCUUCACAGAUCUUCCGGCCAAGGGAGGUUGUGUUGUAAGUGUGAACACCAGACUUCAAAGACUUUGUGAAACGAAUGCAAAAUCGCUUACGAAUAGCUUUUUAAUGGGGUGAAUUUCACAGUAUAUCAAUGAAUACCUUGAUAAAGCUAAAAUACUUUAAUAUUGAUUCAUGUGAAAAUAAGAUUCUGUAUGUAUUGUGUUCAAUAGCUAUAUUAUUGAAAUUAAUUUCACCUGUUUUCUCUUUUACUUCUUUUAAUGUGGCUAUUAGAGAAUUUAAAAUUGUGCAGGUGGGUUGCACGCCUAAUCUUUCUAUUGGAAAGUGCUGCUCUAGAUUGGACGUUCCGCAGUGGCAAAGGUAUCCUUGGACUGCUGCGUUGCUGAGCCUCCAGCACCUCGGACAGUGCCUGGCACAGCCUUGCACUUGCUUUGCCCUUGUGGAAUGAAAACCGGAAGCCUGUAUGUUCAUUUGUCCUGUCUGACUCUUUAUCGAGUGCCAACUCAUUUCAGACAUUUUUUGGGUGCUUAGGAUACACUGGGCAAAACAGACCAAAAAAACUUUCAUGUGUCUUCAAAUACAGAUUCAUUGCGGAAGACUAGAUGUUUCCAUUCAAGGCCAAGCAUGAUAAGGACCAGCCCUCAUUUUCUAUGUUCCUAAAAAGUUGAGAGUGAAUGGUUUAGUGGUUCCUAACCUGCCUUGUAUAUUUAGAGGUACCCAAGGAAAUUUUAUAGACUACUGAAACCAGAAUUUCUAGGAGUCACAGGCUUAUUUUUAUUUAUUUUAUUUUAUUAUUUUUAAAUAUUUAUUUAUUUACUUGGAAGAGUUACAUAGAGAAAGAAGAGAGGCAGAGAAAGAGAGAGAGAGGGAGAGAGGUCUUCCAUCUGCUGGUUCACUUCCCAGUUAGCCGCAACACCCAGAGCUGUGCCUGUCUGAAGCCAGGAGCCAGGAAUUUCUGGGUCCCCACGUGGGUGCAGGGGCCCAAGGGCUUGGGGUAUCUUCCUCUGCUUUCCCAGGCCAUAGCAGAGGGCUGGAUCAGAAGUGGAGCAGCCAGACUAAAACUGGUGCCCAUAUGGGAUUCUGGCACUGCAGGCGGUAGUUUUACCUGCUACGCCAUAGCGCCUGCCCUGGCUUGUUUUUAAAGCUCUUUGCUAUCCUGUGGAGACAGAUGUCUUUAAAUACACUGACUGUGAAAGCUUAGUUAGGUCAUUAAGUCUCCGGCUCUUUACUGGUUGUAAGACGAAUUAUCCAUACAGCCCCUGAUGGCAUUUCUCUUAAUGUGCACUCUGGCUGAUGCUGAGAGUCUAAUAAAUAUCGAUUCCUUUUAUCAUUUCCCUCCCCUCCUCUCUUCCCAUGUAACAGAAAGUGGUUUCCUCUAACAGACAGGCUUGAAAGUGAAUCUCACACAGAGGAGUAUCAUUUCUGUGUCUCAUGAGCACUCCAUAUACAAAAACACAAAAAUGAAACAAAACAAAACAAACCCUGAGCUGACCAUUUGGUGUUGCAAAGGAAUGCAAACUACAAUCAAAGCUGAAGAGAGAACAAAAAACAGAGGCUUCACUUGCCAGUGGGGUCUAGGUUUUUGGGGUAAUGCACGAGUGUAUAUGGUUACGAACUCACCUUUUUUUUUUUUUUUUAAACAUUUACUUAUUUGUUUGAAAGUCAGAGCUACAGAGAGAGCAGGAGAGAUAGAGAAACAUCUUCCAUCUGCUGAUUCAUUCCCCAGAUGGCUGCAAUGGCCAGGGCUGGGCCAGGUGGAAGCCAGGGGCCUGGAGUUUCAUCCUGGUCUUCCACUUGGGUGCAAGGGCCCAACCACUGGGUCAUCUUCCGCUGCUUUCCCAGGCGCAUUAGCAGGGAGCUGGGCCAGAAGUGGAGCAGCUGAGACUUGAACCAGUGCCCAUAUAGGAUGCUGGCACUGCAGGUGGUGGCUUGACCUGCUUUGCUACGACGUGGGCCCCAACUCACCUUUUCAGUGCCUAUGGGGCCUCCGACUAGAAGGACUUGCAUCGAUCCCAGAAGUAAAACGCUAAAACAUUGACAGUAUAAUCACGACCAGCCAGUCUCAGCUCAACGACACUGGUGGCUCAACGACAGACAGGGAUAUGCCACUGUGGCGUCUCCAUGGGCCACAGGGAGCGGGAUCUGGAGUGCUGCAGGAGGACAGGGCUUACCUGUUUUUCUCCAUGCUGCCCAGGGCCCCACUCUUCCUCCUAAGAUCUACAUGAAUACAAAGACCAGCAUUACUUCACUCCCUUUUGUGGAUACCAAGGGGAAGAAGAACAUGGUUAACUUCCCAUGCAUCAGCAACAAAAUCCUACUGAGGACACCCCUGCUGCAUCAGGAGAAUCAAACUCACAGUCACAUGCUGGCCUCUGAGCUCAAGGCUUUAGAAACAUCUUUCCACUCUGGACUUAAAACCCAAGAUCCUAAGUCAGAGAAGAAAUCACCAAGGAAGCACAAGGUGCCCCUGACAGCAUCAGAGGCCCUAAAGUUUUUUAAGAACCAGCUGUCCUUGUAUGAGCGAAGUGAAAUCCUGGGCUACACAGAGUUAUGGUUCCUGGGGCUUGAAGCUGACAAGCUCAACAUGGCUUCUGAGAAACUGAGCAAGACAAGUUUUGAUGAUGAACAUGGCUCCUACAUGAAGGUCCUACAUGACCACAUUGCCUAUCGCUACGAGGUUCUGGAGAUGAUCGGGAAAGGGUCCUUUGGACAGGUGGCCAAGUGCUUGGAUCACAAAAACAAUGAGUUGGUGGCUCUGAAAAUCAUCAGGAACAAGAAGAGAUUUCACCACCAGGCCCUGGUGGAGUUGAAGAUCCUGGAAGCUCUCAGAAGGAAGGACAAAGACAACACCUACAACGUGGUGCACAUGAAGGACUUCUUCUACUUCCGCAAUCACCUCUGCAUCACCUUUGAACUCUUGGGAAUCAACUUGUAUGAGUUGAUGAGGAACAACAGCUUUCAAGGGUUCAGUCUGUCAAUAGUUCGUCGCUUCACCCUCUCUGUUUUGAAGUGCUUGCAGAUGCUUUAUGUAGAGAAAAUCAUCCACUGUGACCUCAAACCCGAAAAUAUAGUGCUAUAUCAAAGGGGCCAAGUCUCUGUUAAAGUUAUUGACUUUGGAUCAAGCUGUUAUGAACACCAGAAAGUGUACACCUACAUCCAAAGCCGGUUCUACCGGUCCCCAGAAGUGAUCCUGGGCCUCCCCUACAACAUGGCCAUCGACAUGUGGAGCCUGGGCUGCAUCAUGGCGGAGCUCUACACAGGCUACCCUCUGUUUGCCGGGGAGGACGAAACAGAGCAGCUGGCUUGCAUCAUGGAGGUGCUGGGCCUGCCGCCAGCCCGCUGCAUUCAGAUGGCCUCCCGGAGGCAGACAUUCUUUGAUUCCAAAGGGUUUCCUAGAACUAUAGCCAACAACAGGGGGAAGAAAAGAUACCCGGAUUCCAAGGAUCUCACAAUGGUGCUGAAAACCUACGACGCCAGCUUCCUGGACUUCCUCAGAAGGUGUCUGGUAAGUAAACUGAUCAACAGUCACCCACACCAGGCUUUGUUGGUGCACAGGUGGGACCCUUCUCUGAGAAUGACCCCUGAGCAGGCCCUCAAACACACUUGGAUCCAUGAGUCACGGAACCUCAAGCCACGAGCCAGGCACCAGACCCUGAGGAAAUCCAGUUUCUGUUUGCCUCCUGAGACAAGGAAGGGUAAGGUUCAAGGAUAUCAGCUGUCCAGCAUAAAAGCAGAUGAGAGGAACAAAGAGAGGACAGAGAAAGUAAAAGACAGUGCCACUAAGCAUAUCCAGAAUGCAGGUGAUCUGAAGGACUCUGGCCAGCAUGCAACUGACACAGUCCAGCUGCCUCACCUAGCAGAAGCUCCUGGAAAAUCAGAGGCAGUCAUUGGGCCUGACGUAGCUGUGACCACCACAGGACAGCAAAGCAAAAACUCCUCUCCCAAGAACACGAAUAUUUUACCACCUAUUGUAUGACUCUUGCUGAGGGCAUGUCCUGUUCCUUCCCACCAAUGAUUUAUACUAGAGAUGGCACUCAGAUUGUACAAUACUUCAGAUUGUUGUUUUUUAAUGCAUAAACAUUUGUUUAAAAAGAAAAACAAAACACACAGCUCUAGUCUCGUGGCCAGUUGGCGUGACUUGCUUAGGAAGCAUAGAGGUGAUGUCCUUGCACCUAAACUUAAUCCUUAUGUCUUCUGGGGGGAGGAGUAGUUUUAAAUACUCAUUGCUAUGGCACCAUUCAUAGAACUCUAAAUAAAAGAAAAAAUUUUU